AUGGUUUCCCUUCCAUCAAAGGCAUCAAAGCCGCCAAAGACCGAUCAGAGUCCGCUUCCCCCGGCAGCAACUGCCAAGGCGGAAUACACCAAGCCGCCUACAGUCGAUGAUCCAUACUCUUAUACGACCGGGUUUGGCAAUCGUUUCAUCAGCCAGGCACUCCCGGGUAUCAUCUCUUGGUCACAGAAUACACCCCAGAAUGUCAAGUAUGACCUCUACUCGGAGCAGCUCAAUGGAUCAGCUGUCAACGUCAAGCGGAACGAUGUUCGUCACGUUUGGAUGUACCGAAUUCGUCCCUCGGUAGCACAUGGUCCCAUUCGUCUUGAUCCUAGCAUCAAUGAACAUAUUGAGUCCUCUUUCCUCUCCCCAAACCCUAAUGUUGAAUCGUGUGCCGCUCAACAAGCCUGGGACCCCUUUCCCAUUCCCGGAGGCAACAACGUGAACGGCGAUAUUAAGCCGAUAAACUUCGUCCAAGGCAUCCGCACCAUCGGUGGUAAAGGAGAUGCCGGCUUGCAAGAAGGCCUCGCCGUUCAUACAUACUCGGCAAAUUCCGACAUGGCCAGGGAAGCCUUUUGCAAUAAUGACGGAGAGAUGCUUAUUCUCCCCCAGCAAGGUCGCCUGGAUAUAACAACUGAGCUUGGAAACCUCAUGGUCCGUCCAGGGGAGGUAUUCCUAAUGCCGAGUGGUAUGCGCUUCAGUAUCAGGCUGCCUGAUGGACCGUCACGAGGUUAUAUCCACGAGGCUUUUGCUGCUCACCAUGAACUCCCCGACCGUGGCGUCAUCGGACCCAAUGGCAUGUCCAUGGAACGAAACUUUUGCGCUCCACUUGCUCGCUACCACAUUGAUGAGAAUCCGUGGUCCAUCAUACACAAACUCGAUGGCGCUCUUCACAAGUGCGAGCAAAAUCACACUCCCUUUGACGUUGUUGCCUGGCACGGCAAUCACGUUCCCAUUAAAUACGACUUGAACGAGUUUAUAAGCCUGGUCAACUCGACGAAGGAUCAAGCUGAUCCAACCCUUUACACUGUCCUCUCUGUCAAGUCGAACAAGAAAGACACCCCUUUGAGCGAAUUCUUAAUCUUUACCGAAAAGUGGAUUACCGCUGAAGGCACUUUCCGCCCUCCUUACUACCACCGCAACAUGAGCACUGAGAUCAUGGGGCUCGUUUUCGGAGAAUACGGCGGCAGCAGCCAUGUCCUCGCCCCGGGUGGUCUCAGUUACGAGGCGGCUUACAUGCCGCAUGGCGAGACCUAUGAAACAUGGCAAGAUGCCAGCCGACGGAAGCUUGAGCCAGUAAGAAUUUGCAACGGAACCAUGGCUUUUAUGUUUCACGUCGGCGGCCCGGUCAAGUUGACGAAAUGGGCCAUGCAUGGCCAAGGCGCCAAAUCCCUCCAUCCUAGCGACCCUACCCAAUGGGACAGCGUGAGGCCUGGUUUCUUCGAUCACGCAGAACAAAUUGCCGCGGAUAUAACGGCUGUGAAUGGGAUUCACUAG